AUGUUUUUUAAUAUUCCAUCCCUUCUCGAUUAUUUCCUUUUACAUGGUGCAAAUAUUAAUGGAAAAUAUAAAAAUUCAGAAACCGCACUACAAUUCUCAGUAUACAAAAGUAGUAUAGAAACAAUUGAAUUUCUUCUUUCACGUGGUGCAAAUAUCAAUGUAAAAGGUAAAGUUAGAGGAACCACACUUGAUAUCGCAAUAUUCAAACCUGAUGAAGAGAUUGCCAAACUUCUUAUUUCACAUGGUGCAAAUAUCAAUGAAAAACAUGGAAAUGGAGAAAUCGCACUUCAUUUUGCAGCAUAUCAUAAUAGCAAAGAUAUACCCGAAGUUCUUAUUUCACAUGGUGCAAAUAUCAAUGAAAAAGAUGAAGAUGGCAAAACUGCUCUUCAUUAUGCAGCAGCAACGAAUAGUAAAAAGGCUGCCGAAGUUCUUAUUUCACAUGGUGCAAAUAUCAAUGAAAAAAUAAAUAUGGAGAAACUGCUCUUCAUUAUGCAGCAGCAACGAAUAGUAAAAAGGCUGCCGAAGUUCUUAUUUCACAUGGUGCGAAUGUCAAUGAAAAAGAUGGAUAUGGAGAAACCGCACUUCAUAUUGCAACACGUAAAAAUAGCAAAAAAACCGUGGAAGUUCUUAUUUUACAUAGUACAAAUAUUAAUGAAAAAAAUGAAGGAGGACAAACCGCUCUUAAUAUUGCAGCCCAUAAUAAUAAUAAAGAGAUUGCCAAAUUUCUUAUUUAAUAUGGUGCAAAUAUCAAUGAAAAUGAUAAAAGAAGGGGGAGCUGCUCUUCAUAUCUCAUCUCUAGGAAACGAGAAAGACAUUGCGGAACCUCCUAUUUCAAAAGCUGCAAAAAAUAAUGUUCCUAUAUAA